AUGGUUGGGAUGACGAACGAGAUGGGUUUGAAGGAUUCAGAGUCCGUAAAUGGAAAGAGGGUUACAAAGAUUCCUAAAGAUGGGAUUCAUGAUUUCAUGAGGUCCAUUAUAGCUUCUGACCCUGAGGCUCAAGACCUAAAGGAGCCAUUUUUCGUUUUGGAUUUGGGUGUGGUCAAGAACCUUAUGGAUAAAUGGACCCAUAACCUUCCAACCAUCCAACCUUUUUACGCUGUCAAAUGCAAUCCCGACCCUUCGUUCGUCGCCUACCUAGCGAGCCUCGGGGCCAACUUCGACUGCGCUAGCAAGGCGGAGAUCGAACAAGUCUUGUCGCAUGGAGUUUCACCCGAACAAAUCAUAUUUGCGAACCCAUGCAAACCCGAGUCCCACAUUCGCUUCGCGGCGAAAGUGGGAGUCAAAAGGACUACUUUUGAUUCGGUAUUCGAGGUGGAAAAGAUCAAAAGGUGUCACCCGGAGUGCGAGCUUAUAAUCAGGAUUAAAGCACCUGACUUUGAAUCAGCCAGGUGCCCAUUGGGCGCGAAAUACGGCGCCCUUCCUCACGAAGUCGAGCCGCUUUUACGAGCGGCUCAAGAUGCGGGCGUUGCUGUUGUGGGCGUCUCGUUUCACGUGGGGAGUGGGGCCACCGACUGGAGGGCGUACCACUCUGCUUUGGCAGCGGCCGCAGAGGUCUUCAAGACCGCUGCCAGGCUAGGGUUGCCAAAGAUGAGAGUCCUCAACGUUGGGGGCGGUUUCACCGCCGGGCCGCAGUUCGAGGACGCGGCUGAAGCGGUGAAAUUCGCGAUCCAAGCCUAUUUCCAAGAUGAAACCGACCUGGAAAUCAUUGCAGAGCCAGGUCGGUUCUUUGCCGAGUGGCCAUUCACGCUAGUCGCGAAUGUCAUUGGAAAGCGCAUUAGGGGAGAGUUGAGAGAGUAUUAUAUUAACGACGGUAUUUAUGGGUCGUUGAAUUGCAUAUUGAACGAUCAUGCAGUUGUUACCAUGCAACCGUUGGAUUUGGAAAAUGACCACGACCUAGAGAUGAAAACGACAAUGACUUAUCCAUCGACGGUCUUUGGCCCGACAUGCGAUGCUCUUGACACGGUGGCUCGAGACUACCAGCUCACGGAGAUGGAAGUCGGGGAUUGGUUGGUGUUCACGAAACUUGGUGCAUAUUCAUCUGCUUGUGGUGCGAAUUUCAAUGGGUUCAAAGGUGUUGGUAUUUCAACUCAUUUGGUUCAUUCCGAGCAUUGCUAA